AUUCAGAAGCUGUGUGACCGGGUAGCUUCUUCCACGUUAUUGGAUGACCGCAGGGAUGCUGUACGUGCUCUUAAAUCGUUAUCCAAGAAAUACCGACUGGAGGUAGGCAUACAGGCUAUGGAACAUCUCAUCCACGUUCUUCAGACAGACCGUUCAGAUUCUGAAAUAAUUGGCUAUGCCUUGGACACUCUCUACAAUGUAAUAUCGAAUGACCUAGAAGAGGAGGAGCAAGAAGAAAACUUACCAAAACAAGUUGACGAUUUGGGAAGUCAGUUCACAGAGAUUUUCAUUAAACAGCAGGAAAAUGUCACACUCUUGUUGACUCUUGUGGAGGAAUUUGAUUUCCAUGUUCGUUGGCCUGGAGUGAAACUACUUACAUCUCUUUUAAAGCAGCAAGGACCUCAAGUGCAGCAGAUAAUUCUUGUCAGCCCUAUGGGUGUUUCCAGACUCAUGGAUUUACUAGCAGACUCUAGGGAGGUUAUACGAAAUGAUGGAGUCUUGUUGUUACAGCAAUUGACAAAAAGUAACGCAGCCAUACAGAAGAUUGUUGCCUUCGAAAAUGCCUUUGAGAGACUUCUGGAUAUCAUAACAGAAGAAGGAAACAGCGAUGGAGGAAUAGUAGUGGAAGACUGUCUUCUCCUAUUACAAAACUUGUUGAAGAAUAAUAAUUCCAAUCAGAAUUUCUUUAAAGAAGGUUCAUACAUUCAGCGUAUGAAGCCUUGGUUCGAAGUUGGAGAUGAUAACUGUGGGUGGUCUGCACAGAAAGUAACUAAUCUUCACCUAAUGCUGCAGCUUGUGCGGGUACUCGUGUCUCCCACAAACCCUCCUGGUGCUACCAGCAGUUGUCAGAAGGCAAUGUUUCACUGUGGGUUGUUACAGCAGCUCUGCACAAUCCUCAUGGCAACUGGAGUUCCUGCUGAUAUUCUGACUCGGCAGACCAUUAAUACUGUAUCAGAGGUCAUUCGAGGAUGCCAGAUGAAUCAAGACUACUUUGCGUCUGUAAAUGCACCUUCUAAUCCACCAAGGCCUGCAAUUGUAGUACUUCUGAUGUCCAUGGUAAACGAAAGGCAGCCUUUUGUGCUGCGUUGUGCCGUUCUCUACUGUUUCCAGUGCUUUUUGUACAAAAACCAAAAAGGACAAGGAGAAAUUGUUUCAACGCUUCUGCCAUCUACGAUUGACGCUACAGGUAACUCUGUCUCAGCUGGUCAGCUGCUCUGUGGGGGCCUCUUUUCCACGGACUCUCUCUCAAACUGGUGUGCCGCUGUGGCCCUGGCCCACGCCUUACAGGAAAACGCCACUCUGAAAGAACAGCUCCUCAGAGUUCAGCUAGCGACGAGCAUCGGCAACCCGCCAGUGUCGCUGCUGCAGCAGUGCACCAACAUCCUCUCGCAGGGCAGCAAAGUACAGACCAGGGUUGGACUACUGAUGUUGCUUUGCACUUGGCUAAGCAACUGCUCGAUUGCUGUCACCCACUUCCUUCACAAUCCAGCCAAUAUACCUUUUCUCACAGGGCAGAUAGCUGAAAACCUUGGAGAAGAGGAGCAGCUCGUCCAAGGCUUGUGUGCACUUUUGCUUGGCAUUUCCAUCUACUACAAUGACAAUUCCCUUGAAAAUUAUAGGAAAGAGAAGCUGAAACAGCUGAUUGAGAAGAGGAUUGGCAGGGAGAACUUCAUUGAGAAGCUUGGCUUCAUUAGCAAACAUGAACUUUAUUCCAGAGCGGCUCAGAAACCACAGCCUAGUUUUUCUAGCCCAGACCACAUGAUGUUUGAUCAUGAAUUUACCAAGCUUGUAAAGGAGUUGGAAGGUGUCAUAAGCAAAGCCAUUUACAAGUCCAGCGAGGAAGAUAAAAAGGAGGAGGAGGUCAAGAAGACAUUGGAACAGCAUGACAACAUUGUGACUCACUACAAAAAAGUCAUUAGAGAGCAGGACCAGGAGCUUGAAGAAUUAAAGCAACGAAUUAACACUUUAACAUCUCAAAACGAACAGCUCCAAGUAACAGUUACACAGCAAGUGUCGCAGAUCCAACAGCAUAAGGACCAAUAUAAUCUCCUUAAAGUACAGCUAGGAAAGGACACUCAGCACCAUAAUUCCCACAGUGAUACGUUUCAGAUGAACGGCAUUCAGAUGGAAGAAGUGAGCAAAUUGAAAGAGGAGUUGGAAGAAUGGAAAAACAAGCAUGAGCUGCUGCAAGGGCAGUUAAGGGAAAAGGAUUCUGUGAUUGAAAAAUUGAAGUCUUCACAGUUGGAAAUGGGAACCACAGAGCAGUCUUCACAGACCAGCAAAUCUGGUGGCUUGGAGCACAACAAUGAACUACAGAAGGAAUUAGAAAUGCUCAGGAGUCAGAUACAACUACAGUCUACAGAAAUCUCUAAGCUUCAGAUUGAGAAUCAAAAGCUACAAGUGAUGAAUACAACUGCAGAUCCUGUGUUAGGAGACAGCAGUGCAACAGCAGCAAACAACUCGGAAUUGGACGGACGACUUGAGCGAGAAAUAAAAGAGUUGAAGAGUGAAGUCAAAGCCCUUUCCGAGGAAAAAGAAUCGCUAAAACAGCACCUGGAUUCAUCCAGUAGUACGGUUGCUAUCUUGCAAGAUGAGAAAAGUAAACUUCAGCAAGAAGUUGCAGAAUCAAAGAAAGAACAGGAUGAUCUUCUGGUGCUUUUGGCUGACCAGGAUCAGAAACUAUCUGCACUGAAGAUCAAAUUGAAGGAUCUUGGUGUACCGGUUGAAGAUGAAGAUGAUACUGAAUCUGGAGAUCAAGGGGAUGAAGAUGAGGAUGGAGAUGAAGAGGAGCAAGACUAG